CUCUCUUUCUCUGCAUGCUGGCCAGUCCUCUGCAGCUCAUGCAGCAGAUAAGUUGUGUCUGCUAUCAGUGUCUCUCUCUGCACAGAACCACAUGUAGCGGAUCUGCUUUAGUGAGGAAGGAAGAGCACUGAAGGGGAAAAAAGGGAGAUACUGUAGGAGGAGCGUGAAGGAAAGAGGGCAGCCGGCGCAACAGUUUUACACCGCUACAAUAGGAGAGGCGUGUUAGAGAGAGAGAGAGAGAGAGAGAGCAGUACAAGCAGAGGACUCGCUGCAGUGCAGGUGGAUCACAUCUGAAGAGGAAGAGGAGGCAGAAACUCUAAUUGGCUGUCGAGCAGGUGAGAGUCAGAGCGGCGGCCACAGAGCGAGCGAGAGAGAGGUGAAGCAGGCAUGAGCGCGGACAGCCAUCCGGAGGUGGUGACCACCCCUCCCCCGCCCGGUGGAGGGACUAAGGAGCGCUACUUCGACCGGGUCAACGUCAACGAUCCGGAGUACAUCAGGGCCAGGAACAUGUCGCCCGACCUCCGGCAGGACUUCAAUGUCCUGGAGCAGAAGAAACGUGUCACGCAGAUCUUACAGAGUCCCGCCUUCAAGGAGGAGUUGGAGGGUCUGAUCCAGGAGCAGCAGCGGAAAGGGAACAACCCCACCGGCCUGCUGGCCCUCAGACAGAUCGCUGACUUCUUCAUGGCCAGCUCCGUGGCCGGCUUCAACUCCUCCCCCCUCAGUCUGGGGUCGGUCACUCCCAUCAACGACAUGUACGGAGUGGAAUCCACCACGAUGGUGAAAGGCGAGAAGCCGACGCGCUGUAAACUGGCCAGCCUCUACAGAUUGGUGGACCUGUUCAACUGGGCCCACUUCGCCAACGCCUACAUCACGGCUCGAGUCAGUAAAGAGCAAGACCACAUCCUCAUCAUGCCCAGAGGACUGUCAUUCGCUGAAGCGUCUGCAUCAAACCUGGUGAAGGUCAACAUCCUCGGGGACGUGAUCGAACAGGGCUCCACCAACCUGAGGAUCGACCCCUCGGGUUUCAGCCCCCACGCCGCCAUCUACUCCAUGCGUCCAGACAUCCGCUGCGCCAUACACGUGCAGACUCCUGCCAUGUCUGCUGUGUCAUCUAUGAAGUGUGGCAUCCUGCCCAUUUCCCAGGAGUCAUUGACCCUGGGUGACAUCGCCUACUACAACUACCAGGGCAGCCUCGACGACCCGGAUGAGCGCAGAGAGCUGCAGAAGGCCCUGGGGCCUACGGCGAAGGUUUUGGUGCUGAGGAAUCACGGCCUGGUUGCUCUCGGGGAGUCCAUCGAAGACGCCUUUAACUACAUCUACAUUGCCCAAUAUGCCUGCGAAAUCCAGGUGCAUGCCAUCUCGUGUGCUGGCAGCGUGGACAACCUGAUAGUGCUGGACCGGGCGGCGUACAAAUCGCGAGUGCAGGACGUGGUCACAGGGGGCGGUGUCAACAUGGAUGGCAGUUACAAAUGGAAGGUUGGCGAGCUGGAGUUUGAGUCUCUGAUGAGGAUGCUGGAUAACCUGGGCUACAGGACAGGUCACGCCUACAGGCACCCUAUCAUCCGAGAGAAGCCAAGGCACAAGAGCGACGUGGAGAUCCCCGCCACGGUCACCGCGUUCAUGUUCGAGGAGGACGGGGACAGCCUCGCCACCCGGCUGCCCUACAAGUUCCUGCAGCAGCGGCAGCAGAGGGAGAAGACGCGCUGGCUCAACUCGCCCAACAGCUACACCAAGGUCAACGUGGACGGCGGUGGAGAGGAGCGCUACAACAGCCGGACAACCACGUGGAUGAAGGCGGAGGAGACGGGAACCCCGAUCCGGAUCGAGGACCCCAAUCAGUUUGUCCCUCUGAACACAGACCCCAGCGAAGUGCUGCAGAAGAGGAACAAAAUCAGACAGCAGAACCAGUUUGAUAUGAUGUCGUCGGGGCCGCGCUCUCAGCACCUUGCAGGCAUCCCUGUCGAUGAACCGCGACGGGAUCUGGUGCAGAUAAACGUUCUGCCAUACGUGCCCACAGAGGAGGAGCAGAUGGCUCCCCUGCCUCCCAACCCCUUCAGUGAGCUGUCACAGAAGGAGAUGCAGGAGUACCGCAAGAACGUGGAGAGGAGGCAACUAGGCCUCAGUGAUGGAGAGCACGAGCACGAGCUAACCUCCGACGACGGCUCCACUCUCUCUCAGUCUCUGUCUCUCACCCAGUCCCCGCAAAGCACUCCAGCUAAAGAAGACAACCACACGGGCCUGAUGAACGGCAAAGACAACCACGGCGACGUGGACGAGGAGCUGUCCAAGCGCGUCAGCCAGCUGACCACCAGCGUGGAGAGCAUGGAAAUCACGGUGCGCUCGGGCGAGAAGAUCGAGGAGGCGCUGUCCCCCGAGAGCUCGCCCUCCAAGUCGCCCAACACCAAGAAGAAGAAGAAGUUCCGCACCCCGUCCUUCCUGAAGAAGAACAAAAAGAAAGAGAAGACGGAGGCCUGAGAGCUGACGGGCAGCGGGGGGGAAGAAGAAAGAGGGGCGGCAGCCACCUUCUCUGUUUAAUGUCUGUGUUUUUAUUUUGUCUCCGUUUUCAAUGUCCUUUUAUGUUUUUAAUUUUAUUUGAAUUUUUUUAACAAAAGGUUUUAUGAACAAAAGGCAGAAGAACGGAUCACAUAAAAAAUGUAUUGGUUUGCAACUAAAAAAAAAGACAAGAAUGUCUGUGAAAUUUUGGGAUGGGCACGUUGGUCCACAAAUUAAAGUUGCAGCAGGUGACUCAGGUGGGUGUUGGGUGUCUACACAUCUCAUCACCUAUCUAUGCAGUACUCCAACAGGGCUUCUUGGAAGCAAUAAACUGUCAUUUGAAGCCAUUUCGAUCCUGAAUAACUGGCUCCUCCUGUGUUGUUUUGCCGAGCUCAACAUAGAACUUGAAACCAACUCGCUUUUUUUUUGCCUCAAAAUCCAAUUUUAUGAAAUGAUUGGUUUGCAACAUGAGUUAUAAAACUGCACAAGUUGAAACUAAACUUUUUUUUAAAGACUCCCCCGGUCUUUUUUUAAAGGUUUUGUUUUUACGUUCUGGUCACCUGACUCUGCAUAGGGAACUGAGAGGCCACAUGAAAUUUGAAGUCACACUGGAAAACCGGUCUCAGAAUGAACAGCCACGGGGUUUGUGUUGAUUUAUUUACUGUGAGAGACGCUUUCGCUCCGCUCUCUCACACUCUUUUCUUCCGCCGAUUGUGGUUGAACUAGAAGACGAGUUAAAGACUGGACUGGAAAAGAUAGUGAGGAUGAAGGCCGGCAGUUUAUCACAACUAAGUUGACAUAAUCUCAAAGAGCCGCUGACUUGCUAGAAUAUUUAUGUAGCAUUUUCAUAUCUUCUCUUCAUCUCGAUGUGUUUCUUUGCCAAACUAAAUGGAAGAAAGAAAGAAGAAACAAUCUCGUUUUAGCGAAGCGUCACUGUUUGUGUCUAGUUUGUCAUCUCAUGAAAUCUUUUUUUAUUGAACACAAAUUUAGCCGACUCUGUUUUGUACUCAUUUUACAGAGAUUUACAGAUGUUACGCAUGUUUUCUCUUUUUGCAAGAACUGAAUUUAUAUGGCUGGCUAUGUUCUGUAGUGAUGCCUGUUUGCUCAAAUUAUAUUCUAAUCUUCAGAGUACACAAAGUUACUAUAUAACACAGAUAUAUGAAAACUGGAUAUGUUGGCUAUAGAUUUUUAACUAUAUAUUUUUUAUUUUUUAUUGAGCUGCACUUUUCUCGUGGUAUAUAACACAUUUUAGUUGCAGGUGGUUUCACCAGUGAAGGAGAUUGUGAAGUAUUUGGUAAAAGUUGUGCAAGUAGCAAGCGAGGCGUGGUGUCGGAGAAAAAGGUCAGGACCCAGAAAGUGAGUCGAAUGAGGAAAGAAUAGUCUUUCAUUGGUGUCGCACACGUGAGAAACGAUCUCUACUUCUCAACAAAACAGGAAGUGUAGUGCUGAAAUACUACGUCCAACUAUCUGCCGUCGCCAGCUGAAAUGAGAAUCGUGGAGCAGUGACAUCUUUUGAUUGGUGUGUUUGUGUGUUUUGUUUUUAAAGCCAUAUUGUAAUUUUUUUCCUCCUCCAUUGUUUUUAAUGAUGAGACAAGGGUUGCGACUCUCGGCUGCCUGCUCGGGCGUCAAGGACCCUAACAAGACCUCUGUUAAAUCACCCCAGUGACUGCAUCGACGCCCCUCAGGCUCCCAGAAACUUUAUUUUUUUCAGUAGCUACAUUCAACAGCAGCUACGCUUCCUCUCGCUUAAUUUGCCAUCUAUUUCCUCCUGGAACUGGAACAUUAUAAGGAGGUCACGUGGACGUUUUACUUGAUUGCUCUGCGAGCCCAGUCGUCAUUUCAGCUUCUAAAGCCUCCCCCUCAUGUAAUUUCUCCAGUAAACACGAUCGUGUUGUAACUGUCAGAUGACCCACAGUUGAACUCUGCAAAGCCAAAGUGUGAUGGGUUGCCACACAUCCUCCCCCCGCAGUUUAACCAGAUGUACCCAUAUCCCAGCUAGCAAUGUGAAGUAUUGGAUUUGAGGGGGAGGAAGGGAGGGAGGGUUUAGGGACACAUCUUUAGCUGUGUUAAACGAUAGCUUUUGGCUCCAGGCAAAGAGCUGAGGUCACACAACGAAGAGAUGGAGAAGGGAGGUGUGAGUUUGGAAAUGGAAGUGCAUAUGUGUGUGUGUAGUAGAGAGGGUUAGGACAACCUGACACUAACACACCAUGUUUUUAUCACUCAGACUGUCUUCUUUCAUACCAUCUCUCCUCCCGGAAACCUUUUUUUCAUCCUCCAUUUGUAUCGCAGUUCUUUUUUUCUUUUAGUUUGCAGAGAGCACUAGGCUUUUUUUUUUUAUUAACCAUUUUAUGAGCAUAAAUUGCUCCCAGGUGAACUGAAUGUGCAUUGCAUCCUUUUUAUUUUCUCCUCUUCUGUUUCCGACUGUUUGCACCUUGCUUUACUAAUGCCUCUCUAUCCACUUUUUUUUCUGUUUUUAAAAAAAAAAGAACAAGUUUUUGCUUUGGCAUGCCAGAAUGAGCCAAGCUACUUUGUGACCUGUGAAAAUCCUAUAUAAAUGGUUAUCUAAUGGAGUUGCUUUUAGAUGUAUUGCUAAUCAGUGUAAAUUCACAAAUAAAACUGUAUUUUAAGAAA